AGAACACAUCAUUGUAAAGAAUGCAAUAAAUGUAUUUUGAGAAUGGUAUAUAUUAUAUUGAUAAAUAUUUCUACACUAGGAUCAUCAUUGUCCUUGGGUCAAUAAUUGUGUAGGUUUAAAAAAUCACAGAUAUUUUUGUCAAUUCAAUUUCUACGCUAUUCUAUGUAUGAUCUAAUGCACUCUAUUUAUAUCCUAUGAUUUAUUUCUAAAUGACAAAUUUGUAUUAUAAGUAAAUUUUGAACUAUAUAAUAUAGGAACUUACAAAAAAUCAAUAAUUUAUAUUGAACAUUUGUGAUGUUACUUGUUUUGCUUUAGUUGUUGCUAUGGGUUUUCUUUUAGGAUUUCAUCUUUAUCAUAUUGGAUUGAAUAUUACAACUGUUGAAUAUCAUAUUAAUGAAAUAAAAGCUAAUGUACAUAACAAUCAUUUAUCUAUUAUUUAUAGAAUCCUUUCUAAAAACCAAGAAUUAUAGAUAAUUUUAAAGAAGUUUUAGGUCCUGAUUUCAAAUAUUGGUUUAUUCCUGUCAAAAAUGUAGAAAGAAAUACUUUCCCAAGAACAGACCUUUUUGAAGUCUGA